UGAUGAGGAAGACCCAUGGCUGAUGAUGGCUGUGCGUGGAACCCUCAUGGUCAUCUUCCUCUAAUCCUCUAUAAAUACUCUCUUGUUAUCUCCAACAAGUGCUCAAAACAUUACUCAAAGACUCUCAUAUAUCCAAGAAAUACAGUAAUAGCUUUCGUCAUCAAUAUGAAAGCAUAUCUUCUCUCCCUGUUACUCAUCUUUGUCCUCUUCGACACCGUCCCAACACUCUCAUCGGCAAUAAAUUUCAGACCAUCUGACAAACUUAUCUCCGAUUUCAACAAUAAUAAAGGAAGGUUCGAGAAAUUCCCAUGGAAGAUCGUUAACCAUUUCAAGAAUACAGAUGAAAAGGGAAGAUUAAAAGAACGAGAACUUCCUACCAAUUUUACAGAAGUUCUUGAAAAGUGGCUCAAAUUAAAGUCAGAGAUCGAGAGUAGGUCAAUUAGUGUGGAAAUUGACGGCCUCAAGACGGUGAAAGAGUAUUUGUCCAGAUACGGAUACAUGCCGCGCUCCAAAUCAUUCACCAACGCCCUCGAACCCCGCACGGAAUCAGCUAUCAAGACCUACCAGAAGUUCUUCAAUCUGAAAGCUAGUGGAAUGUUAGACGAAGAAACUGUUGAACAGAUGGCCCUGCUACGGUGCGGUGUGCCGGACGUGAAUUUCACCUUCCACCUCUCCGAAACCCGUGGCUUGUCAUGGCCUCUAGGCACGGGCUGGUUCCCUAAGCCCCGCAGGGAGCUCACCUACAGUUUUCCUCGAGCGAGCAAGUUCUCACCGAAGGCGAUCAAUGUGUUCAGAGAUUCGUUCAAGCGGUGGUCGCUUGCCGUAGGGGUGGUCAAUUUCACCGAGACGAAGGAGUACGAUACGGCGGACAUCAAGAUUGCGACAUUGCCUUCCGGCAGCAAACUAUUUGGAGUGGAAAUGGUGGGGGCCACAGUUAUGGUAAAGCAGUCCUAUUAUCAUAAGAUUGUUAAUGGCCGUCGUUCUUCUUCUGAUCACCAUUCUCGUGAUGGUGGCGAUGGUCUUGCUUAUGGGAUCCUGUUUUUUGAUAACUCUAAAUACUGGGCGUAUCCCGCCGACAACUUGGCCAGCAAGCGGCUGUGGAAGUUCGGGGUGGUUGACUUGGAGACGGUGGUGAUGCACCAGAUUGGUCAUCUCGUGGGGCUUCGCCACUCGUCUGACAAGGAUUCCAUCAUGUAUCCUUCCAUUUUGCCUGACCAGCAAAGGAAGGUGCACCUUUCUAAGAAUGAUAAAGAGCAGAUCCACAAAGUUUAUUUCUCCAGCGGGCCCUAAGCUGGUUUGGUCCACUUUGCUACUUGUGUCUUUUUAUAUGGGUUUAACCCUAAAUAAAUGUUAAGUGAGUAUUGGGUUAGAUUAUUAUAUAUGUUUCAAAUAAAACAUAUAUUCGAAAAAAAUAAUAUACCAUGCUUUUAUAUAUAGAUAACAUGCAUGGCAUAGCAUUAUUCUGUACCUAAUAGUACUCUUUUUAAGUAUCUAUUAAUUUCUAUGUUGUGAGGAAAUGUACUUCAAUUCUCUAUCUUUAGAUGCUGUUUGGGUAUUGCACCAUGCCACCAUGCAUGGGUUACCUUAUCAGCAGUGUACUUUGAUUUGUCUUCUAGAAUAAAAUUGUAUGGUCAUCAAACUUUCUAGUGAAACUGUAUCUCUCAAAUAAAAUAUAAGUAGUUACUUUA